UCAUGAUAAUCUUUGUUCUCUGUAAUGCUAUACUGACGCUCCCUAAAAUGCUUGUCGCAAACAUACCGCGCGUUAUAAUGCACUGUUCUGCAUGCUUCCGAAAAGCGACCCUUCUUCUUGUCCUUCCCCGCCUCGUCCAAGUCCAAACGGCCCUCCUCUUGGUCGGUAGCCGGUAUGCUGCUGCUUCGGCCGAUGCCACUGCCGCUGUGGCUCUGGCCCAAGUCGGCUGUCACGGCCGCCCGCCCGCUGCUCUCGCCGAGGGGUGACGGCACUGGAGCGCCGAACACCGAUGCGCUCAAGAAAGUAUAACGCGAAAUAUUGAAGAAAAUGACAGAUGCGAUACGAUUUUUUUAGUAAAGAGCGCGGGUGUGUUUACAAUUUCGAUGGUGCGAGUUAGAAACUUACUGCCCAUUGUACGA